AUCGUAUUUUGGAAGAGAUCAAAAUUUCUAAAUUAUGUCACAGCCUUCGUUUUACAGGUGCCCCAAAGAAAGCCAAUAUCGAUGGGAAUCCUCCGACUCUAAAUGUAACAAAUGGUUCAGGUGUGCUAACAGUUAACAUGACGGCUUACCCCCAACCACAGAUUAAAACAUCAGUCUAUCUGGGCACAGACGACAGUUCUGAUGGACACCAAGUAAAAGAAAACAGUGUUUAUGCUGCCUGUUCCACCACUCUACUGUCCCCAGCUAUAGUCACCUGUAAUGUCAUCGUCAUCAACAUGACACACGAUGACGAGGGUUUCUACAGAAUCGUCUUCAGCAACAGUUUAGGAGACCUGCCUUUCACAUUCUUUGUCAAAGUGUCAGAGAAUGACCAGCAGGCCGAGGUGACCACAAAGACAGAAGCGAAAAUCGCUGGAGUCGUCGUGCUGGCUGUGAUGUUGUCGGUUGUCGUUGUGUUGAAUCUUGUUGCUGUCAUCUGGGUAUGGCGACGUGGGUGGACUUUACCGUGUACUGGUAACGAAAUGGUCUGCUUUCCACAACUUUUGUGUCUCAGAAAGACACAAAUGUAA